AUGUCUGGGCAGCAACCGCCGCCGUAUGGGAAUGGACCACGUGGCUGGAAUUCACGUGCCCACAAUCCCGCCUCUCCAUCGCCCUCGUCCUUUCUUUAUCGUCCACCAUCGCCGUGGACAACGGCGCCUAGUCCACCACCGAUAAUCUCGGGACCACGUCCCUAUGGACAUGCCAUGUCGCCGGCGCCUAUUAACCAAGUGAGGGGUCAACGCGGGAGCACCAAUAUACCCCAUCCACGGCCUCAGUGGCCAGGUGGUAACCAAUCACCGGCUCCUUUCCAACAGCAAGCACCUGUUGGUGGCUACUAUGGUGGAGUGGCAAGUGGUGGAGCAUCGCCAGCACCACGCCCUUAUCGUCCAGCUCCCCUGCAGCACCAGAACUCGUAUGGAGCCCAGCCGACCAGCUCGUUCCAGCUGUCGCCUACACCAUCGCCCAUCGUCUGCCAAACUCCGAGUUCGGACUUCAACUAUAGCAAUCGACAGACGCCACUGUCGCACCAUCAAUACCAACCUUUGGGAGUAACUCCACCACAAUUUUACCAGCAGCAGCAGCAGGGAGUGCCGGUGAUCCCACCACAACCGAGACAACACGGAGGACACGGACUGGCCCAGGAUCAGAUCGAUUUUGUGGGCGUGCCGCUAGAGCCUCCGCAACCUAAAUCCUAUGUGAUUUACGAUGACGAAGAGGAGUUCGGCCCGUCGACAGCCGAAAUUAUUGCAAAUCAAUCGCAGGACUACGUCGACGAGAAGCUUGCCGAAUAUCAGAUGACGAUAUUACAGUUGCAAGCUGAGUCACCGGAACUCUAG